CAAAAAGUAGCCAAGAAGAAAGAACACUUACCUAACUAUCACGAUGGCUGCGUGGGUGCCAUGGACGCUGAUGCUGGCGCUGUUACCAGCCAGUGCGACGGAGCUGCUCAAGGACGAGGCUGAGCGCCAACGUCUGCGUGAGGAGCUCACGCGUGUGGCCAAAUAUUACUCCAGACUGCUGCUGGUCUGGGCCUUUCGGGCUGCGCAGGUCUUCGCCGGGAUCUCGUUCCUCUUCGUCACGGCCUCGCUGCUCUACGCGCUGCUCUAUUACCUCGUCAUCCCGUCCAGAUUCCAUGAACAGGACGUUUUCUUUAACUAUGGAGAUCGUCAUAUGGAUACCUAUGCCCAUGGGGGACAUACACCCUAUGUGCCAAAGGCGUCUUUGGAUCUGCAGGAUCCAAUACACCAGUGGCAGUCGCUUGUGGCCAAGCCUGAGCAAUCGACGCAGUCUGUGCUGGUCCCUGGUGUCAAAUACGACGUGAUCGUGGAGCUAACAGUGCCAGAAUCACGAACUAACGCGGAGGUUGGUGUCUUCAUGGUGUCCACAACGCUGUAUGCGAACCGGGAGAAGGGACUGGCCACAAGUGCUCGACCUGUGACGCUUCAUGAUAUGCCAGCCCCUGUGCGAUGGAUGAGACUGGCCUUUUGGCUUAUGCCUUAUGCGUUGGGCUUCACGGAACCGGCCCAGACUCUCCGUGUAACGGCGAUCAAUGGAUAUCAGGAGAUCUCCGAGUACCCUCUUACACGCGUGGAUAUUGAGCUGAACACUCCAAAGCUGCAGGUCUAUUCGGCCAAGCUUACAGUGAUCGCCCAGCUGACCGGUCUCCGCUAUUUGAUGUACCAUUGGGCUGUGCCGACAGCGAUUUUGUUCAUCUUGAACAUUGUCUUCGUGGAAGCACUGGCUCUGGUCAUUCUGUACGCGGUGUACGCGCUGCCGCAGUUGGAUGAGGAAGCCGCUGCUGAUGCUGCCGUGUUGGAAGCGGCGGCAGCCGAUGCGCGUGAUAAGGCGAAGAAAGUGUUCGAGACAGACUCGGCGAUGGAGACUGAGGAUACGACGCACGCGAAGAGCGAGACACUGAUCAAUGAGGUGGCAUUUACUACAACGAGUAUGGAAACGUUGUCGGCGGUGGUUGAAGAAGCGUCUGAGGAUACGGAAGACAUGAAAGAAGAGAAGGUGGACGUGAAAAAGGAGCCCAUGGUGGAAUCCCCGUGAGCGAUGCAACAGUCGUGAUUGUUGAGUUGGAGUGGACAGAAGAAGUGAUAGUUGCCACGUGGUUAUGAACCGAGCUGUGCGUAAAGAACGAAGACAGAAGUAAGCUCCAUUGCGCUGUAGUGCAUUGAGGUUGCUUAUUAUAUGAGGAGAAUGGAUACGCCACCAGAAUCAGCUCCAACUUGCAACAGAGUAGUGCCGAAUACAUGAACCACAAAAAUGAAUAUGAUCAGAGCGCUCUGUGAGAGCUAUCGUUUGCCUUCACUAGC